UAAUGCUGUUUAACAUUAGAACUAAAUCACUAUAUUAAGUGAAAUAACACAUUUUAUUACAGUAGGCCUACCUGAUGAGCACAUAACAGAUUUUUUUGCCUCAUGCGUUCAAAUUUCAAGUGGGUAAGGUGCUGUAGGGCCCCCCUCUAGUGUUACAACAUAUGGUUCUGAGCAUCCUCGUGAGUGCAAAGAUAAAAAUAGCACAAUUUCACAACUGGACACAUUUUUUUCCCGAAACGAAUCCUUGCCGAUCCAUAGGAUAUCGAUUGCAGAUAACUCCUGUGAGCGGCUGCAAAAACACUAUAUAAAGGGCCACGGCUGGGAGAGGUCUUCAAGCAGCUCCAGUCAUUCUUCUGGUCUUCACUUGCCGCUGAGGUGGAAGAAGCUUGACAAGACAAAAAUGGCCUUCACUGGUAUCCUUAAGGAUGAGGAUGUGGCUGCUGCCAUCAAGGAUUGUCAAGCUGCAGACUCUUUCAACUACAAGAACUUCUUUGCCAAGACCGGCCUGAGCAGCAAGUCUGCCGAUGACAUCAAGAAGGCUUUCUACGUCAUUGACCAGGACAAGAGUGGCUUCAUUGAGGAGGAUGAGCUGAAAUUGUUCCUGCAGAACUUUGCUUCUGGUGCCAGAGCUCUGACUGAUGCAGAGACCAAGGCUUUCCUCUCCGCUGGGGACAGCGAUGGUGACGGCAAGAUUGGAGUCGAUGAGUUUGCUGUUCUUGUUAAGGCAUAAACAUUAAACUCUUCAUGGGAACCACAAGACCUGCUUGCUGUUGAAAACCUCUUGGCUCUUUCAGCUGAACUAACCUGUAGAUUUUUUAUAUUUUAUUUAUGAACUA